UAUAGUGAGGGCAAUUCGUGCCCAUUUUCUGUUAUACACACACACACACACAUACAUAUAUAUAUAUACAUGCCCGUAUAUAUAAAGCCUUUUCACCAUGGAGGAAAAACAAGAAAUGGCGGGACCAGAUCGCAUCCUCCACCUCCUCUUGUACCCGUUCCCUUCUUCCGGCCACAUCAUCCCCAUCCUCGACCUCACCCGCCGCCUCCUCGCCCGACCCGGCCUCACCGUCACCGUCCUCAUCACCCCUGGUAACCUCCCCUUGCUCCAGCCCCUCCUAGCAGCCCACCCUCCGCCCUCUCUUCAGCCCCUCAUCCUCCCUGCCCCGCCUCCACCUCCAACCUCCACCGGCACUGGCCCUCUCAACCGUCUCGUCUCCAUUAUCCGCGGACUCCAUGAUCUUCACUCGCCGGCCCUCCUGGAUUGGUUCAGCUCCCAUGCCUCCCCGCCGAACGCCAUUGUCUCGGACUUCUUCCUUGGUUGGACCCACCACUUAGCCCGACAGCUCGGCAUCCCCCGAGUCGUCUUUUCGCCUUCCGGCGUCUUUGGCCUCUCGAUCAAUUUCUCGCUGUGGCGGGAUCUUCCGAAGCUGGGAGAUACGCCAGAGAAUGAAAUCUCCUUCCCGAAAUUACCGAACUGCCCAUCGUACCCCGUAUGGCAAAUUCCUGAGGCGUACCGGAACUAUGCAGAAGUCAUGGACCCUUCCUCGGAAUUCCAUCGCGACAGCAUGCUUGCUGACGUGGCGAGCUGGGGCCUGGUGUUCAACUCGUUUGCUGAGCUGGAGGGCGAAUACAUUGAGUACUUGAAGAGAGACCUCGGUCAUGACCGGGUGUGGGCAGUGGGCCCGCUGUUGCCAACCCAAGACGACCAGGUGGACCAUCGAGGUGGGCCCAGCUCCAUUCCGGCCCACGAGGUCAUGACGUGGCUCGAUUCAUGUCAGGAUGGAUCGGUAGUCUACGUGUGCUUCGGGAGUCGCGGGAUGCUGACAUGUAAGCAGAUGGAUGCAUUGGCUGCUGGGCUGGACCAGAGCAAGGUCAGGUUCAUACUCUGCGUGAGGGAUCCCGACGAUCGGCAAGUGGCAACGGGUUACAGCUCCAUACCUGAUGGUUUCGAAGAUCGUGUGGUUGGGAGGGGCUUGGUUAUAAGGGGGUGGGCCCCACAGCUGCUGAUAUUGCGACACCGGGCGGUGAGCGCGUUCCUAACUCAUUGCGGAUGGAACUCGACGAUCGAAGGAGUCACUGCAGGUGUGGUGAUGCUGACGUGGCCGAUGAGGGCAGACCAAUUCACUAAUGCGAAGUUGUUGGUGGACCAAUUAGGUGUUGGGAUCCGAGUCGGGGAGGGGACCACGAAUAUCCCCAAGGCAGUCGAGCUGGCUCGCAUUCUGAUGGACUCGGUCAGCGGUGCACAGCUGGAGAGGGUCCAGGCCAAAGAGAUCAGUAUUGCGGCCUUGAGUGCGAUAAAGCCCGAAGGAAGCUCGGACCACGAUUUGGACAAUUUCGUUAAAAGAAUCUGUGAGGUUAAGAUGUCCAAGUAAAUGACUAACAAUCAUAUACUUUGACUAAUCACUGCUUUUUAUUUUCUUUAUAUUUAUAUUUUAGUAACCAGCUUAUGUAAAUCAUUACUAAAGGCGCCAUAUUCUAUGAAUUAUGUGAAAGAAUAAAGUCAUCCUCUAUCUGUAAUGGGUCGAGGAAUUGUUAUUUUUAUAGUAA